UCAUGCAUAUGUGUGGGCCUGAGUUCUACUGCAGAUUUAUUUUUGGCAUCUGACAUUAGCAUUCGCCCUUUUCCAAAGCUAGCACAGUCCACAUGAACAACGCCAAACUGUUAUCGUUGGCUAGUAACUAGUUCAUCGUUUAUUCGCUAUACCAUGUUGUGAUUAUGAUGGAUUUCCCUUCAGUGUAGGAACCCACGACACAUUGAUACGCUUCUUGUCAACAGCAGCAGCAUAACUUGUAUAAGCAACCAAUUUAACAUGACUAAAGAAGAAGAGAUUCCUGAUUGGGUGGGAGCUCAGGAGUUUUAUGACAAAUAUGAACCCAAGGAGAUCCUGGGAAGAGGGGUGAGCAGUGUGGUCAGACGUUGUGUUGAUAAACGAACCCAACAGGAAUACGCUGUCAAGAUCAUUGACGUCACUCCUUCUGACAAGAUCUCAGCUGCAGAGAUUGAGGAGAUUAGAUUGGCGACAGUGAAGGAAAUCGAUAUUCUCAAGAAAGUAUAUGGAAUGAACAACAUCAUCCAGCUGAAGGAUUGUUAUGAGUCCAAAGCCUUCUUCUUCCUGGUGUUUGACCUGAUGAAAAGAGGAGAGCUGUUUGACUACCUCACAGAAAAAGUCACUUUGAGUGAGAAGGAAACCAGGAAGAUAAUGCGCGCACUCCUGGAGGUGGUUAAGUUUCUGCAUGACCAGAACAUCAUCCACAGAGACCUGAAGCCUGAGAAUAUCCUGCUGGACGACAACAUGGAUAUUAAGCUCACUGACUUUGGCUUCUCCCUGCAAAUUGAGCCAGGACAGACACUUAAUGAGGUGUGUGGGACUCCUGGUUACCUGGCUCCUGAGAUUAUUGAGUGCUCCAUGGACCCCAACCACAAGGGAUAUGGGACUGCAGUGGACAUAUGGAGUUCUGGGGUGAUCAUGUACACCCUGUUGGCUGGAUCCCCUCCCUUCUGGCACAGAAAGCAGAUGCUGAUGCUUCGUAUGAUCUUAGCUGGGAAGUAUGAGUUCUCCUCUCCUGAAUGGGACGACCGUUCCGACACUGUCAAAGACCUAAUCUCCAGAAUGUUAAUAGUGAACCCAGAACAGCGCUACACAGCCCAAGACUGUCUGAACCACUCCUUUUUCCAGCAGUAUGUGGUAGCUGAAGUAAGACACUUCACCCCCAAGAGGAGGUUCAAGGUUGUCUGCAUGACAGUGCUUGCUGUGAUGCGGAUCUACUGCAACUACCGCCGUGCUAAGCCAAUAACCAAGGAGGUGAUCAAAAGUGAUCCAUACGCCAUCAAGCCCAUACGCAAGCUGAUCGAUGCCUGCGCCUUCAAGAUAUACGGUCACUGGGUCAAGAAGGGCCAGACCCAGAACAGAGCUGCCCUGUUUGAGAACACUCCCAAGGCCAUACUGCUGUCUAUAGCAGCAGAGCCUGACGACUCCUCCAUGCACUCCUGGUAAUAAUGACUGCUGCCAUUUGUUCUUCAGAUCCUGAGAGGAGGGACUUCACAUAAGCAUACCACAUGUUCCAAUUCUCUAUCCUUAAUUUGUAGAGCUGCACACACCAUGAGAAAGGACAGAGUUUGGUUGGUAUGUUGGUGAGCUCAGAGUCUUAAUUAUGCUCAUUGAAGCAUGGGCUAGACAAUAGUAAAAAAAAUGUGUUGGACACAAAUGUAGCAUGAGAUAUAGCUUGUUCUAAUUAUCCAAAAGAAGGGGGAUUUGGGGGAUUGGAGGUAAAAAAAAAUCCACGCUAGUGGCUUUUUACUUUUUGCAGCUGGAAUGGUAUCUCCAAACUGUGGAUUGAUUUGAACAAAUGCAUAGGAAAUAUUCCUGAUGUAGCUCUCCAAGACCUUCACUGAGGAAUAUUGGUCUGCUGUGUUUAGUAGGGAAGAGAGCAAAAAGCUAGAAGACAUCCACUGUGAAACGCUUUCUAGAACAAUGCACUUAAGAAAAUGGAAACCCUUUUCUAGGGCCUAUACAUUAGGGCAUGUUUCAGAAUGUUUAGAUUUAAAGUUCCAAUAACAUAGUGAAUGUUGUGCAUUCUAAUAUAUAGAUUGUUCUGAAACACUGCACUCUGAAUUAUUCCCAGAAGUCCAUUUCAACAGUAUAAUAAGCAUCCAACUCAAUUUACGUGGCAUGUCAAAUAUUAUUUACAAGAGAAACAGCAGUUUGGAUGAUUCUAUGGAUUGCUCUGCCUGCAAAGCUUGAGGCAUCUUAGUACUUUUUAGGUAGCUAGUGUUUUUCUCUCCUUGACCUCUGUAAACUUGAACUGGCAUAUACUACACUGAACAGAAAUCUAAACAACAUGUAAAGUUUUGGACCCAUGUUUCAUUAGCUGUGAAAUAACCUAGUUUUUUUUUUAACGCACAACAAGCUCAUUUCUCAAUAGAUAAUGACUUAUUUCAAUUGACUGUUUCCCUUAUAUGAACUGUAACUUUUUAAAUCUUUGAAAUUGUUGCAUUUACAUUUUUGUUCAGUGUAAGAAACGUGAUUUACUUUAUAUUUUGACAUUGUCGGUUGUACUGUACUCAGUUAUGUACUGUAAACUGUUUUAAAAAGGAGUGUGAAGUGUGAGAACACUUAAAUUGUAUGCUAACUUAUGAAUUAAUUUGCUUUAUUUAUAAAAAUCUGAACUGA